GGAGUUCCAGUGAGGGACUUCCAGCACAGCUGAGGGCUAUUCCUGUCCUGAGCAGUGAGAGCAUCCCCUGGACACAGAAUUUUCUGUGCCAUUAGUUGCUCACAGUCAUGGGUCAACUGUUCUCUUCAUCUAAGGAUGAGCGCCACGAAGAUUUGGCCUCCAGCUUUAAAGAAUAUUUUAAGAAGUUCAAGGUAGGAAGCAAAAUCAUCCCUCAGGAAACCAUAGCUUCAAUUGAGUUAAGCCUGUCGCAAGGAAACAUGCAGGGGGCAAACUCUUCGAUCACUAAUGCAUUAAAAGAAAUUGAUAGCACCCCACUCAAUGUUGCUGUGACCGGAGAGACUGGAUCAGGGAAGUCCAGCUUCAUCAAUGUCCUGAGAGGGGUUGGGCAUGAAGAUAAAAAUGCAGCUAAAAUAGGUGUGGUGGAAACAACCAUGGAGAGACAUCCCUACACCCACCCCAAUAUUCCCAAUGUGGUUUUUUGGGACAUGCCUGGGAUUGGAACCACAAAUUUCCCACCCAAAGAUUAUCUGGAGAAAAUGAAAUUCAAUGAGUAUGAUUUCUUCAUCAUUGUUUCUGCCACACGCUUUAAGAAAAAUGAUAUAGACCUUGCCAAAGCAAUCAGCAUGAUGAAGAAGGAUUUCUAUUUCGUGAGAACCAAGGUGGACUCUGACUUAAAAAAUGAGAUGGAAUUCAAACCACGAACUUUUGACAGAGAAACGGUCCUGCAGCAGAUCCGCAGCAGCUGUGUGAGGACCUUUGAGGAGAAUAACGUUGAAGUACCACCUAUCUUCUUGAUCUCUAAUAAAAUCUUAUCUGACUAUGAUUUCCAAAUCCUGAUGGACAAGAUUAUGAAUGCUCUCCCUGUACACAAACGACACAAUUUUAUGCUCUCAUUGCCUAAUAUUACAGAUGCGGCCAUUGAAAGGAAGCGGCAGUUCCUGAAGCAGAGGAUUUGCCUCGAAGCCUUUGCGACUGACUUUCUCAAUAUGAUCCCUUCACUGACCCUCUUAAUGGGCAAAGAUGUGGAGAAUCUUAGGAAAAGUAUGAACUACUAUCGAGUUGUCUUUGGAGUGGAUGAUGCAUCCUUGGAGGGUUUGGCUGAGGACUGGCAAGUGUCGGUGGAUCAGCUCAAGGCAAAGAUGAAAUCUCCUCAUGUGUUUGAAACUACAAAGGAAGAAACAAUACAAGAAAGACUUUCAAGACUUUAUAAGGAGUUCUGUUUGACUAACCUAUUUGCUAAGAAUGUUUAUGUUAAAGAAUUGUUUUACCUGAAAUUUUGUUUCCUUGACAUGGUGACAGAUGAUGCUAAUGCUCUUCUCAGAGAGAUAUGUGUAAAAAAUAACUUGGUGUCUGAUUAGGCUAAAAUCUUGUAGCUGUCAAAAUUCAGAAUCAAUGACAGAAAAAAAAGGGCACUGAUAUUGCAAAACAACAUAAUGGGUUGGUUAUUCAUGCCAUCUAAAUUUUAUUCACACUUAGUGAUCAUAUAUCCACAUUAGCUGUAGCAAGGAGAUCAAAUAUGCUUAAAGCUAAAAACAUCUUCUCACUUUGAAUAAACGCUCAGAUCUAUGAAUUGUCCUUUUAUCUGAAUUUAUUUCAUAUAAAUCAACACCCAUUUUUAGGUUUAACAUUGUGGUGGGUGGUUUGAUCGACAGAUUAUAGAAUCACAUGGGAGAUGAACUGCUGGACUUGUACCUGGGAAACUAUUUUGCUUAUGUUAAUUGAGGUGAGAAGCACUACCCACUGUGGGUGGCCCCAAUCCCUAGCUGCUGAUCCCUGACUGUGUAUAUGGAAAGGGAGGCUAAGCCGCAGCACACCUGCACUCAUGCAUUGCGCUCUGCUUUCUUACUGUGGAUGGAGGAGGACUAGCUGCCCCCAGUUGCUGCUGCGACUCCUCUAUAACCUUGAGUUUCACACUUAUGUCCUCUCUUCAUAGUAACACCACGGGAAAAGCCAUAACUGGGCUGGAGAGGUGGCUCACUUGCCUUACAACUCUGAAGACCUGAGUUCAGACCCACAGAACCCACAGAAAGCCAUCUAAGCACCUGAAAUCCAUUUCGUAUUUGAGCAUCAUAGCUCACAGCUAGAUUUAUACUAAACUUUUUAAUAAUUACAACCAACAUUCCUAUAACUUAUAUUUGAUUCACCAAGUCUUUAAAGUUCUCCAUUUUAGUAUGUAUUUUAACAUUGUAACAGGCUCACAGACCUCUUAGCACAGCUGACACCAUGAUGCAAUUACCGUUCAGGCCACACAACUUAGCACAUAGGCAACACAACCAACUUCAUACCAAAACCAAAAAAAAAAAAAAAAUGCCUGAUUUACCAAAAUCCACAAUGCUAGGAAAGUCAUUAAAUGUACUAACCUUGCUUUUCUGCUUUUAUGGUUCUGCUGCUGACUAUUUGUUCUUGUUAACUAAGUAUGUCAACCCAGUGUGGGUUUGUGCUUAAAAACUCUGAGAAAAGCUUGGGACUGCACUGAGAUAGCAAACACACAGUGUAGUCACCAGCCAGCUAAAAAAGACAUUUUAUUAGCUUAAACACAUGUCUGAAUGGUCAUCUGUGAUGAACAUCCCACAACAACACGAAUUUCAUCUAUUUUGCAAAACAUUUCUAAGUUGAUAUGCUAACAUUGUCUAUACUUGGAGCCUUGAAGCUCCACCCUAGCCUAUAUCCAAUCUAUAAGCAUUCUGACAACAGUAGACUUUGCUAUGGUUUUGAUAAUCCUUGAUUAUCAAAGCAAGUUUGAGGGAAUGUCAGGCUGUCUUAUUGAGUGAAACCUUUCUUCCAACUCUGUUUCUGCAGAUAGUGAGGCUCUAUUGAACCUCUAAGUGAUGGUAAAGAUAUUGGGAGUUUCAGGACCAAUGAAGCCUGGGUAAAGCAUUGGGCUACAAAUAGAAUUACAGGCUCAGUUUCCUCUCCUCGCCCCUUCUCAGGGGAACAACAUUCACUCCAUGUUUCUCUGAUAUUCUGGGUGAUCGUGGUUUCAACAUAGGGUUUUCACAGUCUACAGUGAACCGGAGUCACUGCUGCUGGAAGUUCUCUUCCUGCACAGACCCAGAAAUGCUAGCAUUAGAUUUUUUCCUGAAAGACAGUGGUAUUUACAGACACUUAUGCUCUCUGGCUUCUGAAUCGUGUUCUAACUGGUCUGGGGUGUGAGGUUUGUGGGGUGAGUUGUCAGAAAUAUC